AUGCCGCGCGGCUUCCUCGUCAAGCGCAGCCGGCGCCCCGGCGGCUCCUACCGGGCGCGCCCGCGGGAGCGGGACCCGGACCGGGACCCGCCGCCCGCCCCGCCGCCGCCCCCGCCGCCCGCCGCCGGGGGCAGCCCCGCCGCCAGGCAGGCGACGGAGGAGGAGGAGGAGGGCGCGGAGGAGGAGGGCGCCGCCGCCGCCGCCGCCGCCUGCCCCGCGACGUGGCCCCCCGGCGGCGGCGGCGGCGGGGGCCCCGGGCUCGCCCCGCCGGAGGGGCCGGCCGCCUGGGGGCCGGCGGGGCCCUGCAGCGCCGCGGGGCCGCGGGCCGCUCUCUUCGAGCGGUGCCUCAGCUCCCCCGCCUCCGCCGAGUCCUUCCCGCUGGCCGCCGCCUUCCCGCCCGCCGAGAAGCUGCUGCUGCAGCCCCGCACGCCGCUGCCCGCCCCGCCGCCGCCGCCGCCGCCGGUGCCCGCGCUGAAGCGGCCGUCGCGGGCCAAGGCGCCGGCCAAGAAGGCCAAGGCCACGCGGAAGCUGAGCUUCGCCGACGAGGUGACCACCUCGCCCGUGCUGGGGCUGCGCAUCAAGGAGGAGGGGCCCGAGGGCCGGCCGGGGCCGCCGGCGGGGCGCACGCCGCUGGGCGAGUUCAUCUGCCAGCUGUGCAAGGAGCAGUACGCGGACCCGCUGGCGCUGGCCCAGCACCGCUGCUCCCGCAUCGUGCGCGUCGAGUACCGCUGCCCCGAGUGCCACAAGAUCUUCAGCUGCCCCGCCAACCUGGCCUCGCACCGCCGCUGGCACAAGCCGCGGCCCAGCCCCAGCGCCGACGGCUCCGCCGCCCCGCCGGGCAAGGAGAACAGCCCCGAGCGGCGGCCCCGCGGCCCCGCCGCGCCCCCGCCCCAGCCGCCGCCGCCGCCGCCGCCGCCGCCCCGUCAGCACCGCGGCGGCGCGGACAGCGCCGGCGGCGCCCCGGCCCCCCCCCGCUCCGCGCCCGGCGGCGCUCCCGCUCCCGCUCCCGGCCCCGGCGGGGAGGCGUUCGCCUGCCCCUGCUGCCAGAAGCGGUUCCGGCGGCAGGCCUACCUCCGCAAGCACCUGGGCACCCACGGGGCGGCGCGGCCCGUCGCCUACGGCCCGCCGGAGCGCGGGCAGCUCGCCUUCGCCUGCCACCUCUGCGGCGCCCGCUUCCCCUCGGCGGACAUCAGGGACAAGCACCGGCUGUGGCACGCCGUGCGGGAGGAGCUGCUGCUGCCGCCGCCGGCCGGCUCCCCCGAGGGCGGCGCGGCGGGCGGCGAGCGGCAGGGCUUCCCCUGCAAGCACUGCCCCGCCACCUUCUUCAGCGCGCCCGGGCUGGCGCGGCACGCCAGCAAGUGCCACCCGCCGGAGAGCAGGCAGGUCCUGCUGCUCCAGGUGCCCGUCCGGCCGGGCUGUUAG